AUGAGGCUUUCCACGGUUUUGGCCCUCGGCGCCAGCACGAGCGCGCUAGGUCUUGUGCUCCCUCAGCAGGAGCGGUUGGCGGAUCUGCGGCCUCAUCCGACCCCGGAGAAGUUCCUAAUCGAACUUGCCCCGUACGAGACCCGCUGGGUGACUGAAGAGGAGAAAUGGGACCUGAAGCUGGACGGCGUUAAUUUCAUUGAUGUAACGGAAGAGCUGAGGUCCGGAGCGUACCCAACGUACCAUAUCGCCGAUGUCGUUCGCUAUCCUGCGGAAAUGAGCCAAGCCGAGGCGGUCGUCCCGUUGACCGAGAAGUUAUCCAAGGCCAACAUGAAGGCCAACCUCGAGCAUUUUACCUCUUUCCACACUCGGUACUACAAGUCAUCCACGGGAGUCGAGUCCGCUACUUGGCUAUAUGAGCAGGUGGAGGCUCUGAUCGAUGGAUCGGGCGCGGCGGAGUACGGCGUCACCGUGGAGAGGUUUGCCAACCCCUGGGGCCAAUUCAGUAUCAUCGCCCGCAUUCCUGGCCAGUCCAACAAGACCGUGGUGCUAGGUGCCCAUCAGGACAGCAUCAACCUGUUUUUCCCGUCUCUGCUGGCUGCCCCCGGCGCCGAUGACGACGGAAGCGGCACCGUGACCAUCCUCGAGGCGUUCCGUGCUCUGCUGCAGUCAGAGCCGAUCGUCCAGGGCAAAGCCCCCAACACCAUCGAGUUCCACUGGUACUCUGCUGAGGAAGGUGGUCUGUUGGGCUCCCAGGCCAUUUUUGCGCAGUACAAGAAGACUCGGCGCGAUAUCAAGGCCAUGCUGCAGCAGGAUAUGACCGGCUACGUCCAGGGUACCCUGGAUGCUGGCCUGGAGGAGUCUGUUGGUGUCAUCACCGACUUUGUCGACCAGGGUUUGACCGAGUUCAUCAAGCAGAUCAUUACCACAUACUGCGAUAUCCCAUACGUCGAGACCAAGUGUGGCUACGCUUGUUCCGACCAUGCCUCCGCCAGUCGGUACGGCUAUCCGUCGGCCUUUGUGAUCGAGUCUGAAUUCCAGAACUCAGACAAGAAGAUCCAUACGACCGAAGACAAGAUCGAGUACUUGAGCUUCGACCACAUGCUUCAGCACGCAAAGAUGACCUACGCCAAGGAAUUCCAGAUUGCCUGUCUGACUGUGCAGAGAGCGGCUCUGGUGACCAAGGCGCUUCUGGAGCAAGUGGACAAAGGCCAAUUAGACAAGAGCGAUGCGACGCCGGUGACCAUCGCCGACUUUGCGGCGCAGGCGCUCAUAAUCGCUGCGUUGCACCAUGUUUUCCCCGAGGAUGAGUUUGUGGGAGAGGAAAGCUCGCUUGCCCUCCGCGAGAAUCCCGAGCUGCUGGACCGCACAUGGGAACUGGCGUCAUCCAUUCAUCAAUAUAGCGACAAUAGCGACGACGGUGGGGUGGAUGAUGCGCUGCUCUAUUCACCACGUUCGAAGGAGGAAAUGCUGGAUUUGAUCGACCUGGGUGCGGAAGGGAAAUGUGCAGGACACGGCCGCACGUGGGUUCUCGAUCCCGUGGACGGGACAGAGACCUUUAUGCGCGGACAGCAGUACGCAGUAUGUCUGGCGCUGGUGGAGGAUGGAUGCCAGAAGGUCGGCGUGCUGGGUUGUCCCAACCUGAGCCUCGCGACGGGCCAGGUAAGCGAGGAGGCAGUCGACCGCGAUGGAAACGGAUAUAUGCUGUCCGCAGUGACGGGCGAAGGGGCAUAUCUACGCCGGAUGGGCCGGACUACGACGACGCUGCAGGCUGCGACUCGGAUUGCGCCCGUCCCCUCCGUGGCGACGAGUCGUGAGAUCCGGUUCGUGGACUCCACGCGGAUAACCUCGUCGAGCGCCGAGCAGCACGAGCGGCUGGCGGUUGCGCUCGGGGCGGCCUGGCCGCCGCCGGGGGACCUGUGGUCGGCUCAGAUGCGGUACGUUGCUCUCGCGGUGGGCGGGUGCAACGCCCUGGUCAAGAUCCCGCGCAAAGAGACGUACCGGUCCAACAUCUGGGACCACGCGGGGGGGAUGCUGAUCGCUGCAGAGGUCGGGUACACCGUCAGCGAUCUGGCAGGCAACCCGGUCAACUGUGGGCUGGGCAGGAAGCUCAGCGGGUGCUAUGGAAUGAUUGUGGCGCCUCCUGGGAUCCAUGGUCGGUUGGUGGAAGCAAUAAAGGCUCUAUGA